AAUAAAUGUCACCAAAAACUGAAAUAUUGGUAAACAUACAUUCUUUUUGAAUACAUUUUCUUUCUGAGACACAAAUAAGGUUGAAUAGGUUGCUGCAGAAAGCCAUGCGCAUUGAUAUUCCGUAUAACAUUGAAUUUUAUUCAAAAUGUCAGAAUUAAAGAAAAAGGAAUUCAACCGGCUGAAGAAUGAUCUGGAUGCAUGGAGAGAAAUCAUUUUGUUCCUGCACGAUCUGCUGGACUGGAAAUAUCCGUAUAGCUGUGGAUGGAUUGUCAGCGGUAUAACAGCAUUAUAUUUAGUUUUGUGGAAACUUGAUUUGUCGAUCGUAACACAAUUAUCGUUAUUAUGCCUUUUCGGGUUAUUGGGAGCAUUUUUCUAUCCAGUUAUUGCAAAACUAUUUUUCAAACCGGAAAAAUGGACAGGAGUCCAGGAGAAGCAUUUCGAGAUUGUUAUCAACAAAUUGUUAAACGUCAAAUUCUCAGUCGUCGACUUUUGGAAUACAUUUUUCUGGAAUAUAGCAGAUAAAUCAAUCAUACACGUUUUUAAAACGAGUGGCGUUCUUUUGGGCUUAGCAUGGAUCGGAGCGAGCGUCAACAAUCUACUUCUUAUUUAUUUGACUACAUUGACAAUGUGUCUUUGGCCAGGAAUUUCGCAGUUGGACGAAUUUCAUGUAAAAUUGAACAUGCUAAAAAAGAAGUUAAACUUAUCUAGUCUAUCACCAUUCAAAAAUCAAUAACUUUAUUAUUGUUUGGUUGAACACAAGUUUGCUUUUGAACACUAAUACUCAAACUAUAACAUUCAAUCUGCGUGAAUUUUGUUAUUCCGAGUAUAUCAUACGCGUGUUAUUCAGCAUUACCUAUAAAAUAUGUACAACGGAUCUCAUUGAAGAUUAAAGCAUUAGAUGUAAAA